GACCCAGCUACUCUAUGCGUCUAUUCACGUGAAACAGAGGCUAUAAAGACCUCUGCAUCAGAAUCAGAACUCUCUGUGACCCAACUGAACUCAGAGAUAGACAGCAGAGCGGGAGCUGGGGGAGUUGGAGACAGCAAUCAUGACUGUCAUUCGCAUACCGGAGGCGUUCAGCGAUUUUGAUAUAUUUGCGUUUGGCACUUUUCUGUUUGCUGAGGGUGCUCUGGGAUUUGUCCUCAACUCCAUCGCAGCUCUGUCUUUUAUACUUGUUAAAGAGCAACGGGACCCCAGCAACUUUCUGGUGUUCAAUCUGAAUAUUGCCGAUCUCUUGCUGAACAUCAACACUCUCAUUGGAGCAUAUUCCAGCUAUCUCAGAGUCUGGCCCUAUGGUAUUGAGGGAUGUAACCUGCACGCAUUUCAGGGAACCGUUGGCAUUUAUGCAUGCAUAAGCUUGCUGGCGCUGGUUGCAUGGGACAAGUAUCACUACUGGUGUACUAACCAGGAAUUGUACUGGGCCACAUCUGGGACCAUGGUCGUGUGUGUCUGGGUGACGGCCAUUUUCUGGGCAGCACUUCCUCUGCCAUCUUUCGGCUGGGCCGAGUAUGGCUUUGAGCCGAUGAAGACCUGCUGCUGCCUGGACAACACUAAGACAGAAGGGGGAUUCGUCUCCUACCUGCUAGCUAUAUCUUGCGUCUACUUCCUCAUCCCAUUGCUGAUCAUGCACGACUCAUACAGCUCCAUCUACGCAUACUUCAAGAAGACCCACAAGUUCAAGUUCAACACCUGUAUUCCAGAGAUGGUCCUUUUGUUGAGCUGGGGCCCAUACGCUGCCUUCUGCCUGUAUGCCUGCGUCUACGAUCCUCUGGAGUUCUCUCCACAGUUUAGAAUGAUGCUUCCUGUGUGGGCCAAGACUGCUCCCAUAUGGCACGCUAUCCUCUACUCCUUCACCAAUGUGGCCUACAAAGGAGGAAUCUGGAAGCUGCUGACAGGGCAGAAGAUUGAGAAGAUCAAAACUUCAUAAACAAAACUCUUGAGAACAAGCAAUUCCACCCUGAUACAUUGUGAUACACUGAUACACGGAUACACUGUGAUACACUGAUACACUGUGAUACACUGUGAUAGUGUAACUGCUGACCCCAAACUCUGGAACACUCUCUCACUUGCACUGUGUCAAUGCACUUCAUUCUCCAAGUCUCAAAACCUACCUUUUCACCCUG